AUGUGCAAACUUUUCGUCACCGUCGCCCUCCUGGCCGUUGCCGCCUUCGCUCACCCGACUGCCGAUGAGAUCCAGGCCGAGUUGAUCGCAGCCGGAGUCUCUUCUGAAGCCGCCGCCGGGCUCAUCGCCAUUGGAGAGAAGUACAAGAGCCAAUUCGAGGCCGCCAAGGGAGACAAGGACGCCCACAAGAAGAUUUACGAGGAGGUGAAGGCCGAGUCCGACACGUACAUCAAGACCCAGUCUUCUGCCGAUCAGACCGCCUACGCCGCCUUCCUCGAAAAGAAGCAAGCCGAGCACAAGGGUCACCACAAUUCCACUUCCUCCAGCGCAUGA